CACACAGACCAGUGUCUCCAGUGCCCAGCUGUGUGUCUCUGAAGAGUGACUGGUCCAUGGCAGACCCUCCUAAUUUCAGUAGUGGACCACCACAGUCUGAUCCAAAAUAUCCAUGGUCCAUGGGACACCCUCUCAAUUUCAGCAGUGGACCACCACAAUCUGUUCCAACGCCACAGACACACAGACCAGUGUCUCCAGUGCCCAGCUGUGUGUCUAUGAAGAGUGACUGGUCCAUGGAACACCCUCUCAAUUUCAGCAAUGGACCACCACAGUCUGAUCCCAAGCCACAGACACACAGACCAGUGUAUCCAGUGCCCAGCUGUGUGUCUCUGAAGAGUGACUGGUCCAUGGCAGACCCUCCUAAUUUCAGUAGUGGACCACCACAGUCUGAUCCAAAAUAUCCAUGGUCCAUGGGACACCCUCUCAAUUUCAGCAGUGGACCACCACAAUCUGUUCCAACGCCACAGACACACAGACCAGUGUCUCCAGUGCCCAGCUGUGUGUCUAUGAAGAGUGACUGGUCCAUGGAACACCCUCUCAAUUUCAGCAAUGGACCACCACAGUCUGAUCCCAAGCCACAGACACGCAGACCAGUGUCUCCAGUGCCCAGCUGUGUGUCUAUGAAGAGUGACGGGUCCAUGGUAGACCCUCCCAAUUUCAGCAAUGGACCACCACAGUCUCAUCCAAAUGUAUGGAGGAAUGUUUUGACCCAGGAUCAGUCCAGGUGUGGAGUGUGUGAGCAGCUACUGAGGGACCCAGUCAUCACCACCUGUGGACACAGUUUCUGCAGGCAGUGCAUCAGCAGCUACUGGAGCCAGCCUGGUCCAUCAGGAGACUACAGCUGUCCCCAGUGCAGAAAGAGAUCCAGAGCACAACCCUUUCUAAUCCCUGACAUAACCAUGGCACAACCUCUGUUAUACCCACAUACAACCAUGACACAACCUCCUGUAUAUCCCCCUACAGCCAUGGCACAAUCUUCUCUCUACCAACAUAGAGAAAUGGCACAGCUUCAUCUAAAGCAAUCUUCAACCAUGACACAAGUUCCUCCAUAUCCACACCCAGACUCAGGGCAGGACCCUCUAUACCCACACUUCCACAUGGCACAGAUUUCUCCACAGCCUCCUUUGGAUGAGCACAAAGUCAUGGAAGGAAGCAAACAUCUCCAAACUGAGCAUGCUCCUGUCAAAAGGGCCAAACUACCAGAUGAUGUCCUGGACAGAGCACUGGUGAAUCAUAAAGCCAGUAUGAAGAGGAGGUUUGAGAGCAUAUCUGAAGGUGUUAUAAGAUCAGAGACUCAAACACUCCUGAACAAGAUCUACACAGAGCUCUACAUCACAGAGGGAGAGAGUGAAGGGGUGAAUAAUGAACAUGAAGUUUGGCAGGUAGAGUCAGCGUCCAGAUCACAAACUACAGAAGACACAGCAAUCCACUGCAAUGACAUCUUCAAGCCCUUACCUGGACAGCAGAGACAAAUCAGAACUGUCAUGACCAAGGGCAUUGCUGGCAUUGGAAAAACCGUCUCAGUGCAGAAGUUCCUCCUUGACUGGGCAGAGGAGAAAGCUAACCAGGAUGUAGAUUUCAUGUUUAUACUUCCGUUCCGUGAGCUGAAUUUGGUCAAACAUGAUCAGUACAGUCUUCAAAGGCUCCUGCUGGACUUCCACCCUGAGCUUAGGGAGCUACAGGAUGGUGAAUACAAAGACCGCCAUAUUGUGUUCAUCUUUGAUGGUCUGGAUGAGAGUCGACUUCCGCUGAAUUUCCAAGACAACCAGAAGUUGUCUGAUGUGACACAAACAUCGUCAGUGGAUGUGUUGAUGACAAGCCUCAUUCAGGGAACUCUGCUUCCCUCUGCUCUCAUCUGGAUAACCUCCCGACCAGCAGCAGCCAAUCAGAUCCCUUCUCAGUCCAUCAAUCAGGUGACAGAAGUACGAGGGUUCAGUGAUCCACAGAAGGAAGAGUACUUCAGGAAGAGGAUCAGUGACCAGAAUCAAGCCAACAGAAUCAUCUUGCACAUUAAGGCAUCCAGGAGCCUCCACAUCAUGUGCCACAUGCCAGUCUUCUGUUGGAUCUCAGCCACUGUCCUUCAGCAGAUACUGGAAGAGGAUGAUGGGAAGGAAGCCCCCAAAACUCUGACUGAGAUGUUCAUACACUUUCUGCUCAUCCAGACCACCAGGAAGAACCAGAAAUAUCAAGAGGAAAAUAAUAUAUAUAGACAGAGGCUCCUGGAAUCACAUAAAGAUGUCAUACUGAAACUGGCACAGCUGGCCUUCAAGCAUCUGGAGAAUGGCAAACUCAUGUUCUAUGAGGAAGACCUGAAAGAGUGUGGCAUUGAUGUGAAUGAAGCCUCCGUGUACUCUGGCAUGUGCACUGAGAUCUUCAGGGAGGAAUGUGUGUUUCAGCACAAGAAGGUCUACUGCUUUGUGCAUCUCAGCAUCCAGGAGUUUCUUGCUGCACUUCAUGUGUUUGCCUCCUACUUGAGUAAAAACAUGGUGGCCCUGACACCAUUCCUCAAAGGGAAGUCCAGGUCUUUUCCAGAUGUGCCUCUACAUGAGCUGCUGAAGAAUGCUGUGAACAAAGCUUUGGAGAGCAAGAAUGGACACCUUGAUUUGUUUGUUCGCUUCCUUCAUGGCAUUUCUCUGGAGUCAAAUCAGAGACUUUUGGUUGGUCUCCUGACACACACACACAGCAGCCCUGAAAGUGAGAAGAAGACUAUCCGAAACCUGAAGGUGAUGCAAAGGCCAAAUAUCUCCCCUGAGAGGUGCAUCAAUCUGUUCCACUGCCUGGUCGAAAUGCACGACUCUUCUGUUCAUGAUGAAAUCAAGGCUUUCCUGCAGGCAGAGAAGGGUUCGGUGAAACAGCUCUCACUGGCUCACUGCUCAGCCUUGGCUCAUGUGCUUCUGAUGUCCGGGGAGGUGCUGGAUGAGUUUGACCUGAAGAAAUACAAAACCUCUCCAGAAGGUCGCAGGAGGCUGGUUCCAGCUGUGAAAUGCUGCAGAAAGGCUAUACUUGCUGACUGUAAACUAACAGAGAGGUCAUAUGAGAUUGUGGCCUCAGCUCUGCAGUCUGCAAACUCCCCCUUAAGAGAGCUGGAUCUGAGUCACAGUGACCUGCAGCAGUCAGGAGCAAUGCUGGGCUCUGCUCUACAGAGUCCAAACUGCAAAUUGGAGACACUGAGACUUGCUGGCUGUAAACUGACUGGAAGGUUUUUGGCCUUGACUCUUCAGGGGACAAACCCCCACCUGAGAGAGCUGGACAUCAGUGACGGCGAGCUUCAGGACUGUAAAGGAGAACUGCUCCAUCAACCACUGAAUGAAGACUGUAAAGUCAGACUCAUCUGCUGUAGACUCAAGGACAGCUCCUGUGCAGUUGUGGCGUCAGUCUUGCAGUUUUGUGUUUCUCAACUGAGUGACUUGGAUAUGAGUGGCUGUGAUCUGCAAACAUCAGAAGAGAAGCUGCUCUCUAAUCUUGGAAACCCAAACUGCCGACUGAAAACACUGAAACUUGCUGGCUGUAAAUUGACUGGAAGAUGUUUGGCCUUGACUAUUCAGGGGGCAAAUCCCCACCUGAGAGAGAUGGACAUCAGUGACAGCGAGCUUCAGGACAGUGGAGGAGAACUGCUCCAUCAACCACUGAAUCAAGACUGUAAAGUCAGACUCAUCUGCUGUAGACUCAAGGACAGCUCCUGUGCAGUUGUGGCGUCAGUCUUGCAGUUUUGUGUUUCUCAACUGAGUGACUUGGAUAUGAGUGGCUGUGAUCUGCAAACAUCAGAAGAGAAGCUGCUCUCUAAUCUUGGAAACCCAAACUGCCGACUGAAAACACUGAAACUUAAGGGCUGUAAACUCACACAUGAGUCCUGUAAGGUUGUGGCCUCAUUUCUGCAGUCAGCAAACCCCCUGCUAGAGCUGGACAUGAGCAACAAUGUCCUGCGAGAUUCUGGAGUUCAUCUUCUUUCUAAGGGACUGUCUAGUCCUCACUGUAAACUGCAGAUAUUAAGGCUCUCUGAUAGUCAUAUCUCAGAUGAUGGUUAUGUUUGUCUGGCUUUCACUCUGAUGGCAAACCCCUCCUGUGUGAAAGAGCUGGAUGUGAGCAACAAUAAUCCUGGAGAGUCAGCAAAGAACCUGUUAUUUGCUACACUGAAGGAUCCUCACUUUAAAAUUGAGGAACUUCGACUUGCUGACUGCAAGCUAACAGAGGAAUCCUAUAAGGCUGUAGCCUCUGUUCUGCAGUCAUUGGUCUCCCUGAGGGAACUGGACCUCACAAACAAUUACCUGAAGGAUUCUGGUGUUCAGCUUCUCUCUGCAGGACUAAGUAGCCCUCACUGCAAACUACAGACAUUAAGACUUGCUGACUGUAAGCUAACAGAGGAAUCCUGUAAGGCUCUAGCCUCUACUCUGCAGUCAUCGGUGUCCCUGACAGAACUGGACCUCACAAACAAUGACCUGAAGGAUUCUGGGAUUCAGCUUCUCUCUGCAGGACUAAGUAACCCUCACUGUACACUACAGACAUUAAGACUUGCUGACUGUAAGCUAACAGAGGAAUCCUGUAAGGCUGUAGCAUCUGCUCUGCAGUCAUCUGUGUCCCUGACAGAACUGGACCUCACAAACAAUGACCUGAAGAAUUCUGGUAUUCAGCUUCUCUCAGCAGGACUAAGUAGCCCUCACUGUAAACUACAGACAUUAAGACUGUCUCAUUGUCUCAUCUCACACGAGGGCUGUUCUUUCUUGGCCUCUGCCCUCAAAUUAAACCCCUCCUACCUGAAACAGCUGGAUCUGAGCUACAAUCACCCAGGAGACUCAGGUGUCAGAGAGCUCACAGGCAGACUGAAUGAUCCCAACUGUAAUCUAAAGACUUUCAGGUAUGACCAUGGAGGAGAGUUCAGGAUUAAACCAGGACCGAGAAAAUGUGAGUGUCUUUCCAGUGGAGGAGAAGAGGUAGCACUUCCCACUGUUGUGAGCCCACCCAUCAGGACAGACCCUACAACCAGAGAGGUGUACCACUGCAGCAAGAGCUGGAAGGGUGAAAAGCAGGCCGAGGCCGAGGCCAAGAGCCAAAGGAAGCAGCGCAACCCUUCUGGACUUGGAAACUUCUCCUUCUCCGCCACCGGCACACGGAGGAUCUGUGGCCUCAGGGACCCUGGAGCUAGACACUGUGUGAAAUAA